UGCAUUUGCGUUGCGCAUCUACAGGGAAUACCCGCAAAAAGACACCAUUGGCUAAGGGACUCAUGCGCCAGUCCAACAGUGUCAAAUCCGAUGCACUAGGCUGAGAAAAUAACUUAACCAGAGUUUACACUAAUCACCGGAGGGAUGAGAAGUUGCGUCCGAGGCAGAUGGAUUUCUGUGCUGGUAAUGUUCAUUUUUCUUCUGGAGACCCUCAGUGAGAAAAGUUCCCAUAACGCCACGAACCAGAACUCCCAAGUCGGGACAGAGGGACAAGAUGUCAGCAAUCAUAGCAAGAGGUUCUUCCCGGUCGUUCACUUCAGCUAUGAACAUGUGCGGAUACCGUUCGAGAUCUCCCUCUGGAUUCUGUUGGCAUCGCUGAUGAAACUGGGGUUCCACCUGCUCCCUGGGCUGUCCAGCGUGGUCCCCGAGUCCUGCCUGCUGAUCGUGGUGGGGCUGCUGGUGGGGGGGCUGAUCAAAGCCAGCGGGGAGGAACUGCCCGUCCUGGACGCCGACCUCUUCUUCCUCUGCCUGCUGCCGCCCAUCAUCCUGGACGCCGGCUACUUCCUGCCCAUCAGGCCGUUCACCGAGAACAUCGGCACCAUCCUGACGUUCGCCGUGGCGGGGACGCUCUGGAACGUGCUGUUCGUGGGGGGCUCGCUGUACGCCGUCGCCCAGCUGGAGGCCUCCCAGCUGUGGGGCAUGGACCUGCUGGCCUGCAUGAUCUUCAGCGCCAUUGUCUCCGCCGUCGACCCCGUGGCCGUGCUGGCCGUCUUUGAGGAGAUCAACAUCAACGAGCUGCUGCACGUGCUGGUGUUCGGGGAGUCGCUGCUCAACGACGCCGUCACUGUGGUGCUGUACCACCUAUUUAUCGAGUAUGUGGGUGUGACCUCAUUCGGUGCACUGGACGUGGUCCUGGCUGUGGUCUGCUUCCUUGUGGUUUCACUGGGCGGGGUCCUCGUGGGAGCCACCUACGGCAUCCUGGCGGCUCUGACUUCCCGCUUCACCUCUAACCUCCGCGUCAUCGAGCCUCUUCUUGUCUUCGUCUACAGCUACAUGGCAUAUUUGUCCGCCGAGGUCUUCCACCUGUCUGGCAUCAUGAGUCUGAUCGCCUGUGGAGUGGUCAUGCGCCCAUAUGUGGAGGCCAAUAUUUCCCACAAGUCCUACACCACUAUCAAGUAUUUCCUGAAGAUGUGGAGCAGUGUGAGUGAGACACUCAUCUUCAUCUUCCUGGGCAUCUCCACGGUUGCUGGGCCCCAUGACUGGAACUGGACCUUUGUCACAGUCUCCGUCAUCCUCUGCCUCAUCUCCCGUGUGUUGGGAGUGAUUGGCCUGACCUACAUCAUCAACAAGUUUCGUAUCGGCAAACUCACCGCCACGGACCAAUUCAUUUUGGCCUACGGGGGCUUGAGAGGGGCAAUAGCCUUCUCCCUGGGGUUCCUGCUAAAACCGGAGCACUUCCCCAUGAGGAGCAUGUUCCUCACCUCCAUCAUCACCAUUGUCUUCUUCACCGUAUUUGUGCAGGGCAUGACUAUCCAGCCACUGGUGGAGAUACUGGCUGUGAAGAGGAAGCGUAAGGGAAAAGACUCCAUCAAUGAGGAGAUCCACACAAUGUCCAUGGACCAUCUCAUGGCUGGCAUCGACAGUGUGUGUGGGCAUUACGGGCAUCAUCUUUGGAAAGACAAACUGACCCGCUUUAACAGGCGGUACAUACAGCCCUGUCUGAUAGCAGGGAAACGCUCCAGGGAGCCGCAGCUCCUUUCCUUCUACAACAAGAUGGAGAUUAAGGAGGCCAUCGAGCAGGUGCAUAGUGGGGGAGAGACCAAGCCCCUCCCAGCCGCGGGCUCCUCUGAAUCCUUGCCGAGCAUACAGUCCCUGGGGCCAGCAAGCAACCAGACACGGCCUAAGGUCUCCAUGGAUCAAGAAGCAGAGAUCUUGAAAAUGCUGAGGAAGACACUGCAGAAGACUGAGAUGAAGUUAUAUUCCAACAGAAGGCCCAUACUGGUGGGCAACCCAUUUGAGGACGACUUCCAGGAGCAGCUCCGGGAGAGACAGAGGGCAAAGCUGGGAAGGCGGAUGAGUGCCUUCCUGUUGGAACCACGGCAGGACUCCCCCUCGCGGUCCAGAACCAGACUACCGGAAGCCCCCCAGGCCAGCAGGUCCAGACCUGUGACCUCUGCCAUCCAGAAAGACCUGGUGAUUCCUUAGUUUCCUGGUCUUCCCUAUGCCAGCCCUCUGCACUUUGAAGAAACAAGGGACAGAUGACCAUGACCUGGCAGAUAAACAAACUGCAUCGUGUCUGAAAAGUAUAUGAUGUGGGAAGUCAGUCACCUGCCCGGACACUGUAUAGAGCUUCAAAUGGCAGAACAGAAGAAACAUAUUCUCAAGUCCCAUGGUAGAGUUUUUGUCAUACAGUAGAAAGAGAACUUCUCUCUGCCUUCUGUGGCAAGAGGACCCUGGCAACUCAUCAACAUUCACAUUGAGAGUACCGCUGUGAUGUGGUAAAGGAGCUCCGUUUGCAACUAGUUCACCUCCUGGUUGUGGGGGCAAAAUGGACGUACAGUGGACGUAUGCUAUACCAAAAUCUCUUUAUCUACAUCCACCACCAAUCUGAUUUUCUCUGAUUUCGUUUUUACCUCAUUGUCACAAUUCAUUACCAUCGCAAUAAAUGCCAAAUACCUUCUUCUA